UUUUUAUCUCUAAUUAUCCCCCUGGUCGAUUCCCCCCUCGUAGCAUUGAACUUUCACUGCGCUGUGCAGCAGCCUCCGCCAUGGACGACUACAUGUUUCGCCAUUUCGUCAACGAGUGCCGAGAGGUCUCAGAAGCGACGUCGUAUGUCGAAAUAUUUAAUUAUUCGGACCCCUUUUACAACUCAUGUGAGGAGCAUCCCCUAACGCCAGAUGAAUUCGACAACUUUUUACACCAAAAGGGCGCGUUUGCACCGCCCAAAAAGAUGAAGGCUGAUGUCAAGCUCCUAAGUGGUAUACGCCUAGUCGUGCAAAGCAAUGCCAAAGAAAAGGACACAUUCAUGCCAAAAGUUAUUUCACUACCCAAGAAUGCCUACGCCUCCAUGGUAAAGGUCAUGAAGCUUCCAUACCGAGGUAUUGAGACAACCUCGGUCGUUGGGCCCUUCUUCUGGAGCUCCCUGGACCACAACAAGCAGGAUCCUCAUUUGCAUAUCUUGCACCGAAAAUCAGACGUCCGCAAGAAGGGCAGGACAAGAGGGUGGGAAAUGAUGCUUUCCCACUCCUUCCGCUCGCACAUCACUACCGGCUACGUUAAAGGCACGCCGAGUUCGGACGUUGUUCAGGCCCUUGUCCAUCUGAAAGCUUGCGCAGCUCAAGUUGGUCACCCCAUGCUUCUCCCAAUCAUUAUCCUCUCCCAUGACCUGAGCCCGGCCAAUGACCAAAAACAGCGCGACGCAAGAGAUUGGUUACGCCGUCUUGAGAAUGCUGUGAGUUUACGCAAUGAGAUCGAAGACAAUGAGCAGUACUUUCAGGAUGGCGUAUUAGAGGUGGAUGGUCUCAACCGAGACCUUGUCGAAUGCCACAGCAAUGUUCUUUGGAAACGGCCACAGGCAUACAUGGCUCUCACAAUCGAAAUGGAGACAGCCAUGACACGGUUUCGACAAAAUUGUGCGGCAUUCCGUAUCAAGCAUAAUACAAGCUUUCGACAUUCAGCAAGCUUUGACGAUAAGACCAUGGUUAAUGAAGAUUUUGAGAAAGACGAUGAGAAUAUGCUGAAGCUACAUGACAGCAUGAUGGCUCGCCUGGACUUUUACAAGGUGAAGCUCAAGGGCUUGGAAAAUUACAUUCAUACGACUUUGCAAAGACUCAAGGUUCAGCGAGAAGCGCUGUACAACAUCAUGUCACAACGUGAAGCUCGACUUAAUUUAGAAAUUGCUGGAGAACAGCGACGAAUUGCCCAUGCCAGCAAGCGUGAUAGCACAGCUAUGAAGACAAUAUCGCUUAUGGGUACGCUCUUCUUACCAGGCACGUUUCUUGCCUCUGUUUUCAGCAUGACGUUUUUCAAUUUCCAAUCCAAUGCCGAUCCAGUUGUAUCAACAAGCAUUUGGAUUUACUUUGCUGUUACGAUACCCAUCACAGCCCUCAUUGUCGCUGCUUGGGUCAUGUAUGACCGCCACAAGGAGGCUAGUUAUGCCCAGAGCGAUGCCGACCUGGAAAAGGAUAUCGAUCACAUGGAAAAGGACAUCAUGUUCCACCUCCGCAAGCGAACAAUGAGCAAGGCCAACACGUGGAAUUCAGUUUCUGCAUCGCCUGCAAUUUAAGCGUCUCGUCAAAUAGUAUGAACUGGUCUAUUAGAUUUGGGAAUAGGUUAUGAUGCCUAUAUGUCGUAUAACAGAGGGAGUACAAUGAUUGGUUUCUUAGUAAUAUAUCCAAUGAAGUUUCUAUAAACUAUGUUGCUACACAUGCGAUGCCGCUGACAAAACAAAGAUGUACUCGGAACCCCAAACUCCAAAAUUAUGUGCUUCAAGGCACGCUACAGCAUAUGCAAGUCAUUAACCAAGGCGAAUCUGUCCGCCAUUAUCGCUAGCACCUCCACCUCUGUUGGUGUUACUGCUACUGCCUCCACCGCCAAACCAUGAUCGAAGAUCGGAGUCUGCACCUCGACUUUGGCCGUUGUUUUGUGAGUAAUUGGGUGCCAUCCACUUAGGUCUCUGGAUACCCUGACCGAUAUCUGUGAACCACUUUGGUGCUUCGAUACCGUCCAUCGUAUUCUUCAUCCUGUGACCUAACAGCUGAAGGAAGCUCUCGUUCUCUGGAGGUUCAUCCAGAUACCGGCCACGCGUUGAUGGUGACGCGGAUGAAAUACCCAUGGAUGAUGGGACAGGUAGGCGAGAGCUGCUUCCUCCCUGUGCUGGGGGUACAGACAGCACAGGCAGGCUUCUGUUGCUACCACUUCCGGCGUUUUCAAGACGUGCAUACAAGUCUUCGCGCCGACGGAUAGACUCCCCGUUAAGCUCGCGUUCAAUGAGGCUUCGACCUUCUCGCCAUGUACCAGUUCCAAAGCUGGACGGAUUUUCUUCAUCCUCAUCAUCCAUGAGGUCAAUGCCAACAAACAUGCGCUUGACCCUGCCGUACAAGCCAAACAUGGUGGCGCAGACGGGGAACAGAACGAAUAUGGGAAAUAAGUCAUCGAACCAGCCACCAAGCGCUGUUAGGUUGAUCAGCUUGCCGAGGAAGUGGUAGAAAGUCGUCUUUUCGUAAAUGUCGGUAGAUAGGAAAGUCAAGAAGUUGUAGACUAGAGGAAUGGUGAGCUUGGCAACUUGGGAUGCAUACCAAAAUGCAGAUUCAUAAGAGGUAUUGCGCUUAACUAGCGCACGGCCUCGCCAAACCUUGACCUCAGUCAUGGAUAUAAAUGCGGCAGCGCACAUGUAGCAAAUCCACAUGGCAGAUAUAACCUGACCAGCCAAGCCGAUUUCAGCCUUAUCCCCGACCCAGUGGUGCACAACGGUGACGCUGAUAACGGACAGCUUCGGAAAUGCCACCUUUACUACUUCAGACCAUACGAUGCAGGCUGAUGCGCCCGCAAGUACGAAUCCCAUCGCAAGCUGUAAAUAUGGUGCUGCAUAGUAGCACCAAAUAUGCCGCUGGUAUGGAGUAAGAAAGCUGAAGCUCAUAGCUCCGCUUUCAUGCGGCCCAGCCAUCCCAAGUUCUAGCUUCUUGGAAGCUGCAGAAUCUAAAAUCUUUUGCGUCGUGCUCGCUUCUUGAACAAGGCGAUGCCACUCGCUCGCAUAUCGCGAGCUCGUGUGCCUGGCCCGAAUGGUUCGUCUCGUGAGCUCAGCGAGAUAUUUGUCGGUGAUAACAGUUGGUAUUAUGCGGUUGGUGCCGUGAGGAUCGCUUCCGUCGCGGGGCGGAUGAGCCGGCGAAAUGUUCGCUAUGUCGUGUAGCUCCUCGAUCCAAUCCUGGUAAUCGGCGGCGCUGCCAAUCUUGCGCUUACCGAGUUCAAAAAUCUGAGCCUCUAUUUCUUCUAGGUCUGCUGCAGCAUCGCCCAUCUUUUCGAAUAACGCAGGCGCCUUCGUUUGUAGUCGUCGCAGCUUACUGCUCAGAGUCGCAUCUCGAAUCAAUCGCCGAGGGAUGGAAACGAGUCCAUGUCCCAUCAGGUAGAUGGCCAAGAUAAGACCCCAGGAGUAAGCAAGGGCCAUGACGAGAGCUUUGAUAAACUCGAAUUUGAAGCCAUAUUGUAUGAUGAUAUAUAGCAGCCCGACAAAUGACGCGCCAAGAGUCAUGGCGUAAAAUUGGGCAUUUUCGCGGAGCGAAUGUCGAAGUUUAUCCUGCGGCUCCCGGUAGCCAGAGUCGGAGUAUUCAUCUAAAAUCGGUAGGAG